CUACCUAAUACCGUAGAGCGCCCAAAACCGGAUCACGCACCAUUAGUGGAUCACCUCCGCCCUAAACUGGACCUAUCUUGAUCCAGUCUCGUAUUUCCAACUGUCCAAAACUGGAUCAGCUCUUUUGUGCGUAAAACCGAGGUUUUUGACUCCGAAGCAUGACCUAAAGUAGGUCAAAUCUGGAUCCAAGGGGCAUCGGCAGAUAGCCCUUUAAAAGUCUGGAUAUGUGGAGAAAACCGCACUUUAAAAUCAUAAAUCCGUCAAACAAUACUGCCAAUAAGCGGUGCCAAAAAUAAGGUGAUCCAGUAAUGGGCGCUCUACGGUAGCCCAUAUUGGCUCAGGCUAUAGCCUAGAAUGAAGCAAGGCUCUGCGCCUUCCAGAUUCAAUUUUACACUUGAUCGUCGAGCUUCUUCUACGCAGAGCUUUGAAGUGUUGCAUUCUCCACUUGAUCCAGAUCCUUGUUGCUUGACUUUGUGCUGGCCACCUGAUUCUUCCAGAAGAGAUGAGCAGCCAAGUGUCUUCUUUUCUCGCCAGCCGCAGCAUUGCCAGUGUGCAUCUUGCACAAGGCCGCUCGAAGGAGUCUUUCCGGAGUAACCAGUGUAUUGUACUAGCAGGUUGUAGCCCAAGAUCUUCCCGCUUCCACGCGCCCCGACGAACAGAAGUGCGGCCCGCCAAUUUGCCACAACUUCUGACCCCAUCGAGGCGUUUGUUCUUGACACUUGCUGGGGGAGUAGCUGCAAAGAAGGUUUCUGGGUUUGGGAGGCAGCGGGGCGGGUUUGCAUGUGCAGCGAUGGCAGUUGAAGUAGCAGUGAAAGCGGCGGUGGGGAACCCAGACAUUCUGGGAGAUUGUCCAUUCUCUCAGCGUGUGCUCAUCACCCUGGAGGAAAAACAUAUUCCAUACACCAAGAAGCUGAUCGACCUGUCAAAUAAGCCUCAGUGGUACUUGGAGGCCAACCCAGCUGGCAAAGUCCCUGCUCUCAAGACCGCGGACGGUUGGCUCGCAGAUUCAGAUGAGAUCACGAAGAAGCUUGAGCAGGAUUACCCUGAGCCCUCCUUAGUCACGCCACCUGAGAAGGCCUCCGUAGGUUCCAAGAUCUUCCCGUCGUUUGUUGGCUUCCUCAAGUCCGACGACCCACAGGAUGGGAAACAAGAGGCUCUGCUGACAGAGUUGGAGGCGCUUGACAAGGCGCUCAGUGAGGGAGAGGGUCCGUUCAUUGCUGGGAGCAAGAUCACCCAGGUUGAUGUAGCUCUGAUUCCGAAGUUGUACCACACGAAGGUUGCGUUGAAGGCACUGAAGGGGUGGGAGAUCCCGGCGAAGUUGGAGAACGUGCACAAGUAUGUUAAGGCCGCAACGGAGACUGAGAGCUUCCAGAAGACAACGGCGUCUGAUGACCUCAUUGUCAAAGGCUGGCUUGCUCACGAUGGCGUGAAGAAGCAGAUCUGAGUCGAUCUAUCUACUACUAGCAAUGGUCUUCGAUCGCCCAAUUUUCCAUGUUCGACUGAAGUUCACAUGACUGAGACGUUGUCAAGACUUGGGAGUUUUUCGAUCUUGGGGCCUAUGGUUUUUUGAUGCAUCCAAUAUCCUUUCACAAAGGAUGUUUGAACGGGAGGACCUUUUUGAAGUGUGUAAUUAUGUAGAAAGUGUUUGACCAAUUGCGACUUGUUUGAAAGUCUAUGUUGAUUGAGACCGAAAUAUAACGUCAAAUGCAGAAAGUGGCAUCGACUGGAUACAUCUUGAAUUCAUCUUGGCAUUGAGAUUUAAGUAUUAGUAUGACGGUUGCAUCAAUUGUGUAGCAAGUCCGGCCAAACUUCAACACGAAUCUGUAAGUUUCAUUCAAAACACAACAAAAGUAGCGGGCAU